CGCUUGCUUUGUCUGUAUGCAUUUCACUCUAGGCGUCAAACCGACAUAUCGAAGUGCUCAAACUGACCUGCAGCGUUUGCGCUUCCUAUCAAUAUUUGUAGACAUUUAUGUACGCCUUUAAGCGUUAAUUGCUUAGGAGGUCGCAGAGCAAGCGUGCUGGGCAAAGGAGGAAUGCAGUUUAUCUGCAGAGGCGCCUGGCAAAGGAGCCGCACUAUGGAAGCUCUAGAUAUCUGAGCAAAGGAGGCUCUGGGAAGCCCAGAGCCUUUAAGGCCUGGAAAUGGCGGGGCAAGAUGAAUUUGACGACUCGCUGCGGCAUUUUAAAGCGCUGUCGGAGGCCUUGGACGAACGCCUUCGAAAGCGAGCGCAGGAGCCGAAAUGGGAUGCUGAUUUGUUCCGCAAGUCGCUGCCUUCGGCUGGGCCACCUGCUGCUGAGGCGUCAGCGGCUUCAGCGGCGUCAGCCGACAGCGCCAUGGACGUUGUGGCGGAGGCGCUGUUUGGCAACAAGGCCAGUACACAGCAGCUCCAGGCAGCCGCAGAUGAGGCGCGGGCUGCGGCUGCAGCAUCUCGGGAGCGCGCCCGUGCUCGGGUGGAGGCGCAGGCGGCGCUGCAGACCAUCCGGGCACAGACCGCCGCACUGGAGGCGAGGGCGCGGGGUCUGCUGCAAGAUGAUGACCUGCGCCCCGCCUCAUCCCCAGCAGCGCCCGAGCCACUGCCGACUAAGCCGCUAACGCCGCCGCCACCACCGCCGCCGCCACUGCAGCUUCAGCAGCCGGCCGGCGGGCACGUGCGCUUCGUGGGCGCCGGGGACGGCUCGCCUAUGUUGAGCCCGCAGCCCGCCGCAGCCCGGCGGGGCGGCGCGGCGGGGCUGGGGCCUCGCUCGGACGGCGCAGGCGCGCCGCAGGCGCCGCAGGCGGGGCAGCAGCCGCCGCCGGCGAUGAUGCGCGUGUCGCUCCUGGGCGGUGCGCCGGUCACCCUCGCCGCCAACUACACCUCUCUGCUGCGGACCAGCACGGCCGGCUUCGUGGGUACCACGGGCGCGCCGGGCAUGCCCGCGCCGGGGGCAGUGGCGCCGUCACCGGUUCUCCAGUCGCUGUCUUCGCCGCCGCUGGGCUCGGCGCGGCCGGGCGGGGACGGCUCACUGUCAGGCGCGGCGCCGGCGCCAGUGCCGCCGAUGCGGUUGGCGUCACCGUCAGUCGUGGCGGAGCCGCUGCGCUCCGCGUCUCCUGCGGAGACAGCCACCUAUCGGGCCACGCCCACUGGCACCAUCAACCUCGCUGCCAGCUAUACCGGGUACGGUGCGGGCGGCGGCGGCGCGAGCGGCAUCAUGGGGCCGCUGGUGCCGCCGCUGGCGGGCACGCAGCGGGCGAUGGCGGCGGCGGCGGCCGGCGGCGCCGUCAUCGCCGGGCAGGUGCAGUACCGUGCGCUGCUGGCGGCGGCCACGGCGGCCUCUGCAAAGGAGGCGGCGGGCGCUCGCGCGCGGGCCUUCCACAGCGAUAUGGCGGCCAUAGACGCGGAGAUAGACGCCUACGUCGGCGACUACAAGUUCGAGCAGUACGCGCCCGAGGCGGCGCUGGUGGUGCAGACGGCGUGGCGGGCGCAACGGGUGCGCGUGUUCUUCAACCGCUACUGGGCGGUCCGGCAGAAGCACCUGCGGCGGCAGCUGCGGCUGGCGUUCUCGCCGCUGAAGCAGCUGGUGUUGGCGGUGCUGCACGCGCGGCGGCGGCUGCUCCGUCGGGCGUUUGAGGAGUGGCGCGAAUGGAUACGGCUGAGUGAUGAGCUGUUCCUGCGGUUCGUGAUCAAGCUGCGCGCCUCCAUCGGCAGCGUGAAGGAGCACGCCACGCCGCAGCAGCUGUGGCAGCUGUGCACGCCGCCGGGCGGCGACCCGUGGGCCGCCAAGCUGACGCUGGGCGCGCUGGUUGCCAACGUGCUGCGCCGCCAGAUGCCCAGCCGCACCGCCGCCAUGUACCUCACGGCCUGGCGCAAGGCGGUGGCAAACCAGGUGGUGAAGCGGCAGGCCGCGGGCGAGGUGCUGCGCCGCAUGGACCAGGGCCGCUUCAAGGAGUACGUGAGGCUGUUGUUCAGGUUCUGGUUCCGCUGGGCCAUCAUCCAGGUCAGCGAGCGGCUGCAGAUACCGCCGCCCAUCUUCCGGCCCCGCAUCCCCGAGUGGGACGCCUGGCUCUUCAAGCACACGCGCUCGCGGGAGCUGCACUCGCGCAUCGUGCUGCUGCACAAGGGCUUCCGCGUGAAGCACUUCUUCAACUUCUGGGUGUUCUUCACACGGCGCAACAAGAAGAUGCGGCAGGCCUGGAUCACCACGGCGGCGCAGCACAUUGAGGCCAUACUGCGCAACGCGAUAAACGCGUUCAAGGCCAACGCGGCGGAGGCGCGGCGGCAGCGGCGCAUCAAGCGCGCCGUGUUUGAGGCCGUCCAGCACAUCACGCGGCGGAACAUCGCCGUGCGCCGCAUCGCACGCGAGGUUGCGGAGCUCAGUCGGCGGGCGCGUAUGCGGCUGGCGCUGCGGCGCUUCAAGGAGUGGGCGCGUAUGAGUAAGCUGCUCAACACCGCGGCCUCCAUACAGAUCAUGUCGCGUCGCGCCACCAGCCUGUGCCCCAUGUACGCAAUGCUGGACGACGCCACGCACAUGUGGUUCAUCGCCUGCUGGAGCGCCUGGCGCAACUUCGUGGUCGGCAGGCUGCGGAUGCGCUGCCUGCUGGGCCUGCACAUGUCGCGCGCCGCCACCGCCAACAUGGAGGCGGCGUUCAAGGCGCUGCGCAAGUGGGCGGAGCUGCAGCGCCGCGAGCGAGCACGCCUUGCCCUGGAGCGCAUGCGCGCCGCGGCGGGCGAGAGCGUCGACGGCGCGACUCCCACAGGCGCCAGUGACGGCGGGGCAAGCAGCCAGACGCCGCGAGCGUCGGAGCUCAGCGGCGCUGGGGACGGCGAGGCGCUGGCGGCGCCGGGCAGUGCCGGCGGGCGGUCGUUCGAGCUGUUCGUUUCCAUGGCUGACUACCCCAUUCCUGCCGGCGCCACAUGGCGCUCGCCGCUGGAGAAGCAGGAGCUUAUGGCCAAGGUGCCGUGCAUGCCAGUGCCCGGUGCGCCCCUCAUCGAGCUGGUGCCAGGGACGGCAGCGGCGCUGGCCGGAGGCCCGGGCACAGGCGCCGGCUCCGCGGCUGCCAAGGCCGCGGCGGCGGCAGCGGCGGCGGCGGCGGCGGAGGGCGGUGCCGCCGUCGCGCCGCCGCCAGACCCCUGGGCGACCCCUGCGCCGCCGGGCAUGCACCUGGCUCGCAUGCAGCAGCUGUUGGGGGAGCUGGAGAAAAUGGAGGGGCCCUUCUACCACGAGGCCGGCGAGCGGCUGCAGAUCCUCAACGUGGUCCGUCACCGGGAGAUCACCAACUCGCAGAGGCAGUGGAUAGACAUCGAGCACCCCAUCUCACACAUCUAUCUGGGCCAGGCGCAGAAGGACCCGCGGCUGUGGCAACGGCUGGUGGGCCUGGUGGCCAGCGACAUGCCGCACCCCGACCACCCAGCCGCACACAUGAUCGACCAGGCGCGGCUGCCUCUGGCGGACGCUGUCGCCGCCAUCCGCCGCGAGGUGCGCCUCGCGCGCCUCAACCUCGACGUCUCUACCCAACCAGACGAUGCCGACGGCCAGCAGCCACGGCAGCCGGGGCAGGGCAGUGGCGGCGGCGCUGCGGCUGAGUCAGUUGACGUGACAGCGUCCGGCGAAGCCGGCGGCGGCGCUGCCGAGGGCGCCGCCGACUCCGCACUGGCGCUGCCCAGCGCCGCUUCCCGCAAGCCGGCAGGCAUCCUGCUGCCGGAGCAGCAGCAAGACACGCUGCUGAUGCACAAGGUGUGUGAGGCGGAGGACUUCCUCGACACGGUGCUGCACGUGGUGCUGGCCGCCGGCGGCGCCGAGACGCCGAUGCUGCGCCGCGCCCUGGGCGGCCGCGUGCCGCGCGGCACGCUGCUGGGGGAUGCGCUGGUGAUGACGCUGUCGGGCGCCCUAGCCAGUGACCUGCUCACGGCGGCGGCGGAGCUGCGCCACCGCACCAACCGCGACAGGGUCAUCACGCUAGGCGUGGAUCUUGCGGAGAAGGCAAAGGCGUUUGCGGGCCACCGGCCAGAGUUCACGCUGACGCGGCUGGACCGGCGCGGCGCGGCGGCGCAGGCGGCGGCGCGCGCCGCCGCCGCCGCGGCGGCGCUGGUGGCGGCGCAGGUGGCGGGCACGGCGCCGGCAACGGCGGGCGUGUCGUUGGAGCAUGGCGUGUCCGCGAUUGCGGCGGCGGCGGCGGCGGCGGGGUCCUACGACGGCGGCGGGCUGGCGGCGGAUCUCAGCGCCCGCGCCGCCACGGUGCGCACUAUCAACCCGGCAUUGCUGCCGCCGCCGGAUGAGGAUGAGGACUUUGACAUGGACGCACUGAGGGCGAAGCGGCGCGCGGCGGCGCUGGCGGCGGCGGAGCAGGACGCGGAGGCGGCGGUGCUGACGGCCGUGUCGGCGGCGGCGGGCGUGAGCCCCACGCGGCCCGGCACCGGCACUGAGUCGGUGGGCUCACCGUCGCUCAGCCCCGGCCGCGGCCGGUGGCGCAAUGUCAAGGCGGCGGCGUUGAGCAAGAGCGCCGUGAUUCGCAUGGAGAUGAUGACCGGCCGGCCGCAAAAGGGGGAGCCUGGCUCGCCCUCUGCCGUGGCCGCCGGCCACGGCGCGCCCAUGCUCGCCACGGCACGGCGAGCCAUGGAGAACCGCCGCGUGCGCGGCAGCGGCUCGCCCAGUCUCAGCCCCACGCGCGGCCGCGACGCCGGCGGCACCGGUCGCUCCAUCGCGUUUGACCUUGGUGUCGACGGCGCCGCGGACAGCCCUGGCGGAUGGGCAGGCUCUGACGGCGAUCUGUCGCGCGGCACCACGCCGCAGCGCGGCGAGGCGCUGACCCGAGCUGCCAGCCGCGUCGGCUCAGUGGCGGGCGGGUCGAUGUUUCGGAGCCCGUCACGGCGCGGCCUUGGCGGCGGCGGCGGCGGCGGCGGCCUCAGCCGGCGCAACAGCAUGAAGAGCCAGGCGUCGUCGGUGUGGGGCCGCGAGAGCACUGCCGCCGGCGGCAUGUCGCUGCGGAAUCUGGUGGAGGGCUUUUCGUUUUCUGGGCCCGGCGGCGCCGACAGCACGGUUGCAGAGGAGGCGGAGCCGUCGGAGGCGGAGGCGGAGCAGGCGUUCACGCCGCGCACUGAGGAGGAGGUGGACCCGCUGCAGCCGCCGCCGCCCGUGAACAACUUCCUGUACCUCACAGUGCCCGGCAUCCUCACCACCGGCAAGAUCCUCAACCCGGCGAACUUCCCGUGGCCCGCGGCCAUCCCCACGCUGGAGUCUGUGCACACCAAGUCCGACCACAUCCUGCGCGCCGUGCUUCCCCACCUGGCGGCGCUGCCCACCCUGCCCGACAUCGUCUACGGACCCCUAGGCGAGCCGCCCUCAGCACAGCUCUCCCACAUCUCUCCAGAGGCCUCCCAGCUCUCGCAAAGGUCGGGAGCCGGUGACGCGGGCGCGGUCGACGGCAGCGCCUUCGGCGGCGCCUUUGGCGCCGCCGGCGCGGCAGCCGCCUCCGCCUCCAGCGGCGGCGGCGACGCCAGCCUCAGCGGCGGCAUCGCGGCUAUGCGGGACAUCAACAUGAGCAUGAACGGCGGGCCGGCGCCGCGAGGUUCCAUGUAUGGAAUCCUGUCCUCCGCGCUGGACGGCGCGGCGGCGGAGAUGGCUGCGAUUAUGGCGGAGGCCUCCGCUGCCAAUGCCGCCGUCGCCAGCUGCAGUGGCGCCGUGGGCGCCGGGCUGGGCGCCGCCCGCGUGCCGCCCGGCGGCCGUGCGCCGCCGCGCCGACAGGCGUCGGUGCUCGGGCUGGGCGGCGCCGCCGCAUCGCGCCGCUCCGUCCUUGGCGUGCCCAACGGCGGUCUGGAGGAGGAGUCAUCGGCGGCGGCGGCGGCGGCGGCGCUGCGGCGCGAGCGGCGCACGCAGGCGCUGUUACACCAGAUGCUGGGUCUGGAUGCGCUGAUGGACGGGCUGGUGCAGGACGAGGCGGGCGACGGCGCGGCAGCGGCGGCGGCGGAGGGCAGCGGCCUGGGCGGCAAUGGCAGCGGCAGCCGGCUGGGCGCGCUGGCGGAGGGCGAGGAGGAGGGCGAGGACGACGGCGACGAGCCGUCGGCCGCCGCCGCGGGUGUGCCCAAGGUGCCAAUCAAGGAGCUCCUGGGUCUGUCAUUCACCGGUGCGAGCAGGCGGCAGCGGCCCUCCAGCGGCGCACCCGGCGCCGCCGUCAGCAGCAGCCGCAACUCCAGCGGCCGCAGCCCCAGCCGCGCCGGCGCCGCCAGCGGCACCGACGUGAACACCGCGUUCGAGAGCUUCGGCGUGAAGCGCGGCAGCAGCGGCGGCGACAUCGGCGCCGACGACAGCGAAACCUUCGGGACCAAGCUCACGCCACGGACGAUGCUGGCCGAGGAGAGCAGCGGCGGCGCCGCCGCUGCCGCUGCCGCCGCCGCCGCCGCCGGCUCGAUUUCCGCCAGUGGCGGCGCCGGCGCCGCAGGCGCCGCGAAGAAGGCUCGUGUGCCGGGGUCGCGACCGCAGUUCCACGUGACUGCGCAGCAGCUGAACAUCUUCAUGGGGGGUCACCUGCGCCGCGGCCACGUCAACAGCGCAGCCAGCGGCGCCGACGGCGGCAGCGGCGCUGCCGUCACCACCCUGGGCGGCCUGACGCUGACCGCCGACGGCAUCCUGGUCACGCCCUACGGAGUUCAGAUCGUGCGGGAGGAGAACGAGGAAGAAAUGGCGGAGGCGGAGGCCGACGGCGACGAGCCGUCGGUGAUUGGCGCGGCGGCGGCAGCCGCCGCGGCAGCGGAGGCGGCCGCGGCGGCGGCAGAGGCGUCGCAGGGCGGCCCCGGCCGCACGCGCUCCGCCUUCCGAACGCGGCGGACCAAGACGGUGGUGGUGCGCGAGGUGGUCGCGAGCAUUCCUUUUGAGGAGCAGUUCGAUUUUCGCGGCAGUGUCUGGAUCCCGCCCGAGGCGCGCUCCCACAUGCUCGACGACUACGACCUGGCAGCCGAGCUGGCGGCCGGCCGCGCCGGCGACUUGGGCACCUAUGAGGCGUUUGCGGCGGCGGCGGCCGCGGCCGCCGCCGGCGGCUCCGCCGCGACCGGCCUGACGUCGGCGCUGAAGCGAUACAUGACGCCGCCGGCGGACUCGCCGUUCAUGCGGGAGUUCGAGGAGGAGCUCGCGCGCACGCGCGUGGCCGGCGCGCGGCGCAAGAGCGCGCACGCCUCGGCGGCGGCGGAGCGGCAGCAGCGCACCUGGGCGAGGCUGACGCAGGGCCGGGCCAGCAGCAUCAUGGGGCCCGCCGGCACCGCGGAGGGCGAGGCGGAGGCCGCCGCCGCGGCGGCGGCGGCGCUCGUUGGCGGCGGCGGCAGCCGCCCCGGCUCCCGCAGCUCCUCAGUGUCGCCGGACAGCCGUUCGCGCCGCAGCCCUAACAGCCGUCAGGCGUCGCGCUUCGGCCGCGGCCGCUACAAGGUGACUGACGCGGCGUUCAUGACGGAGAGCGAGGACGAGGCGGAGCGCGCGCGGCAGCAGCGGGCGCAGGAGCGCGCUCGCAGCGCCGGCGCCGCGUCCAAGUCCGCCCAGACCACCAAGUCCGGCGCUGCCGCCCGCACCCUGGACGGCGGCGAGAGCGCCGCCGGCAUCCCCGGCGUUGCCGACGCCGACGGCCUCGACCUCAACCACCCUUGGCUCGAUGACCUGUUUGAUGACGACGGCACCGGCGUCGACGUCUCCGCCGCUGCCAGCGUCGCAGCCAGCGCCGCCGCCUCCGCGGCCGCCUCCGCCGCGGCCCUGGGCGGCGCGGGCCAGGAGGACUCCAUCCUGCAAAACCUGCUGCGAAACGGAGUCCCCGGCUACAGCCGGACGGUUGCGGUGGCGCAGGCGGCGGUGGCCGCCGGAGGCGACCCCGCCAGCACGCGCAUGGCGGCGGCGGUGGCGGCUGGCGCGGCCCCGGCCGCCGCCGCCGCCGGCUCGGCGCACAUGCAGAACUACCUGUCCCAACAGCUUAUGGGCCACCCGCACCACCAGCGGCUCGUGGCCUACCAUCAGCAUCAGGCGGAGGCCGCAGCCGCCAAGGCGGCGGCGGAGUCGGCGGAGGCGCGGAAGCGCCUGUCAGAAAAGUCGGACGGGCUGUCGCCGUGGCCGGGCAGCGACGGCGGUGCCGAUGGCGCCGCCGGGCCCAGCUCAGCGCAGGCGCUGCCGACGGUCGCAAGUGCAGGCAGUGAGCCCGUCAGUCCGUCGGGUCUGGCGCGCCAUCGCGCCGGGCCGCACAUUGCUUCCAGGCUGGGCCCUGGCGGCACCACCGCCUCCGGCGCUGCGCCGGCCGGGGCCGCCGCAGGCGCCCCCCCUGACGCCGACGGCGUCGGCGUCGGCCUGGGCGAUGGUGGCGGCGGCGGCGGCGCCGCUGCGGCGGGCGCGGGCGACAUGCCUGCUUUGCCGUCGGCUGAGCUGAUGCUGCCCUUCGUCACCUCUUCCGGCGCGCCGGCCAUCGCCUCCAGCGCCGCCGCCUACGUCGCGCUCACGCAGCGCGCCAGCCUCCGCAACCUCGGCGGCGCCGGCGCCGGCGCCGGCGGCGCGCCCAUUGCACGCCUUAGCGGCGCCAGCGCCGGCGUCGCCUCCGCCGCAAUGCAAAACGCGCUGGGCAACCUCGCCACGGCCUCGGCGGCCGGCGCCUACGGCAUCCUAGACCCCAGCCGCCUGCCCGGUGCCGCGGCGGCGGCGGCGGCGUUGGGUGACAUGUUCACCACGGGCUCCGGCCCCUCGCGGCCGACGUCGGGCCAGCGGGUGCGUCCGCGCAGCGGCCAGCCGCCGCGGCGGCGGCGCGGCAACCUGCGCACGGGCGACCAAGUCCUGGAGGACCCCCUCAUGUUCCAGCAGCCCCAGCAGCAGCAACCGGCCGCAGCGUCUCACGGCGCCAGCAACUCUGGCGCCGCCGCGGCAGCGGCGGCGCUGCCUGCGGCGGGCGCGGUUGAGGCAGCGGUGGCGGCCGCACCGGAUGCGGAUGCGGGCCUGUUGGACGUACCACAGUCGACCGGUGAGCCGGUGGCCGCGCCCAGCGGUCGCGCCGUCGCCGCCCUGGCGACGGCGGACCAGGCCUCCGCCGACUCGGACCCCUCCGUAUCGUCACCGUCGUCGGAGGCCGGCAGCGCCGCCACCUCGCCGUCAGGGCUGCGGCCGGAGGCCACGCUGGCCGGCUACGGCGCCGCCAGCGCGAGCGCGCCGCCGCCGGCAGCGGCGGCAGCGGCGACGGCGGCGGCUGAUCAGGGUGCGCCGGCGAAGGAGGCGUCGGUGGAGUACAUCCUGAGGGAGCAGGACGCCGACAUGACGCCGCCGCCGCCAGAGCUGGACGAGGCGCAGGCAGCGGUGCUGAGGGACGCGGGUGUGCUGCGGCAGCUUGAGGCGCUGCGGGCCAUGUGGAGCUCCGACCCCUACUCCUCCCGACCUGGCGUGGACCCCGUGCACCGGCCACACCACACCACACCGCUGGCGGCGGUGGCGGUGCAGGCGGCGCAUCAGGCGGAGGCCGCCGCGGCGGCGGCGGCGGAAGCCGCGCUGCGCGCGCAGGCGCUGGCGUCAAAGCCCGCCACGCCGGAGGCCCCGGUGCGGCAGGGCGCGGCCGGCGAGCAGGCGCCGCCGCAGACGCUGGAGGAGGCGGAGGCGGAGGUGGAGGCGGCGGUGGCGGUGGCGCAGGCGGCGGAGGCGACGGCCGUUGCCGCCGCCGCCGCGGCGGCGGUGGAGCGGCAGCCGGUCCGCAUUGGGCCGGGGCUGGCGCGUGCGCUGGCGGAGGCGGAGGCGGAGCAGUGGCAGGUGUACGACGAUGCCGUGGAGCGCAUGGCGACGGAAUUCGCCAGGGCGAUGCAGCAGCUGCGAUCCCAGGGCCAGGACGCGGCGGCGGCGGGCGGCGGCGGCUUUGGCGGCGGCGACGGCGACGGCGACGACCCCUUCCCGCUGCCACCCGGCACAAGCAAUGACGGCGCGCGCUCGCUCUCGUCUGCCGGCGCCGGUCCAGGGCCCAGCUCGCGGCGCCAGCAGCAGGGGCGGCGCGGAGCGCCGCCGCCGCCGGCGCGCGCUUCUGCCGCCGGCGCGCCUGCUUCGCAGCGCGGCGCGCUGACGGGCCACGCAACGCGUGGGCUGUUGGAUUCUCUGGAGGAGGCGCUGGCGUCGUCUUUGGAUCCGGAGCGGUUGACGGGUCUGACGCUGCAACAGUAUAAUGACGAGCUGGCGGAUCUGGCCCAGCGGCUGGUGGUGGCGCCGGCCGCCACCAAGUACAUGUUCUGGAAGAAGGUGCAGACGGUGCAGCAGCUGCGGCAGAAGCUGAUGGAGGACCGAGCCAUGUCGGAGCAGCUGCGAGCCAUUCAGUGGACCGGCGCCUUCAACACCUACGCCAUGGCGCCGCCCGGCACGGACCCCGCCACCGGCCGCCGCGGGCCCUUCUCAGGCGAGCAGCUCAACCACGCGGCGCGGCGGCGCGAGGCGGCGCGCGAGCAGCAGCGCCGCGCGGCGCGUGCGCUGGCCAAGGUGCGGCGCGACGCCGCCGCGGCAGCGGCGGCGGCGCAGGCGCAGCUGGCGCUGCGCCAGAUGCCCACCGAGUGCUCCGGCGUGGGCCUGGCCGCCGAAAUCUCCGUGUCCCCAAACCUGGGCGGCAUUGCCUCGCCAUCGGCGGCAUUGCUAGACCACAGCGCGGCCAGCCUGGCGGCGGGUGGCGGCGGAGAACAGGCGCGCGCCGGCUCCGCCGGCGCGCUAAUCGGCCACCGCGCCGCCUGGGGCGCGUUGGGCGCGCCAACCACGGCGGCGGCAGCGGAGGCCGCCGCCGCCGCCGCCGUGACGGCGGGCGGCGGUGCCUAUUACUACGACGGGCCCCGGGCGGUGUCGGAACAGAUCGUGGCGCCGGCGACGCUGCAGCCCAAGCCGGCGCCCAGCCGCGUGACGGCGUCGUCGCGCGACGUGCUGCCGCGGCGGCCGCUGCGGACGCAGCGCUCCAUGGGUGCGGCGCUGGCGCCGCAUCCGCUGCCAUCGGCUGGCAGCCUGGCCUUCGGCUCGUUGGCCACGUCCACGGCCGCCUUCCGUGAGGCCCUGCUGUCCGCGCUGCCCAACGCCGGCAACCAGCUAACGGGCGAGCACCUGGAAGAUGCGCUGCAGCGCACAGAGGGCGGAGGUGGAGGCGGCGGCGGCGGCGAGCGGCGCAACCGGCGCGUGCACGGGGUGCCCGUGGCGGCGGCGCGGCGGGAGGCCAAGCGCCGUGCAGCGGCGGAGGCGGCGGCAGCCGCCGCCGCUGCCGCAGGCGGCAGCGGCGAAGCCGAUCCGCCGCUCAUGCGCCGCAGCGGCGGGGGCGCGCUGGUGCCGGUAGAGGCCGGCGGCGCGAAGGACGUGGGCGGCAGCGGCAACGGGCGGGAGCGGGCCACGAGCGCGCGCGCCACCAGCGCCCGGUCGCAUGUGGGCUUCGGCAGCAGUGUCGCUUCCAACCGCAGCCCGCGGACAGUCGACCCCACCGUGGCCAUCGCCAGUGCGCGGGCGCAGCAGCGGAGCCACGCAUUGGAGGCGGACCUAAACCCCUUUGGGGACGACGGCGGACUGGAUUUCACGGACAACCACGACCCGAUGUUUGGCGGCGACUUCGGGGAUCUUGGCGGCUUCUCGGCGGCGGCCUCGCGCGCGCAGUCGUUCGCUAGCGGCGCCACCGCAAGCCGGAAGGACCGCGGCGUCUCCAGCCGCUCACAUGGCGGCGGGCGGCGCGUGGCGCUCAACGUGCCUGAGGAUGAAGAUGACGAGGAUGGAGAGGAGGAGGAGGACGAGGACGAGGACGAGGGGGAGGACGGCAUGGUUGUGGACUCGGAGCCCGCCUCGCCCACAGCGGCAGACGGCGAAGACGGCAGUGUGCGGCGGCGGAAGAAGGGGAAGAAGGGGCGAAAGGCGGCGGCGGCGGCAGGCUCAGGGCACGCUGGGGAGUCCGCCGUCGAGGAGUCCGCUGCCUCCUCCCGCCGCACACGAGACCAGGCGUUAUCCCGGAGCAGCAGCCGCACUGCCGGUCCUCCCAGCUAUCUGCAGCCCACGGCGUCCGCGGCCGCACGCGCCGCUGGCGUAGCGGCGGCGAAAGCCGCCGCCUCCGGCGCGGCCGCGCCUUCCGCCGCCGCCGCCGCCGCCGCCGCCGCUGGCGGCUGGUUCCUCACUGCCACGGACGUGCCUGAAGGCGAGGAGGCGCGGGAGGAGGGUGCGGCGGCGGAGGGCGGCGCGGCGCCGCGCCCUGCGUACCAGGGCGAUGCGGAGGAGGGCCGCCGCGGGGACGAGGAAGCAGAUGAGGAGCGGGAGGACGACGCGUCGCGACCCGAGCCGCGGGGCCAGGUGCACACAGACGACACCGGCGGGCGACGGCGGCGGCAGGCCAAACGGCCGCGCCUCACCGCUGCCAAGCUGCAGGUGGCGCUGGCGCGCCGUGCUGCGCUGCGCAGUGCUCUGGAGGCGCGCGGCGAGCUGCUGGCGCUGGACGAGAUGGACCUGGAAGAGCUGGAGGAGGAGUCGGAGCUGGUGGACCGGCUGGUGGAGGCAUCCAUUCGCGUGUACGGCGCCGCACUGGCGCAGCGGCAGGCGCAGCGGCAGGCGCCGGGCAGCUCUGCGCUAGCCGGCGGCGCCGUCAACGUGCCGGGCGAGGGCGUGCGCACGCCCGGGCGCGGCCGCGCGCUGGGCUGGGCGCCGCCCGGACCGCACGAGCUGGGCCGCGGCGAUGCGAUCCAGCUGUGCCCCGACAACCCCUGGCUGAGGCCGGUGGCGGGCACGGCGGCGGCGGCGAUGCGCGCGGAGCGUGAGGGCGGCGGCGGCGGUGGCGGCAGGGAUGUGUCGCCCUCGAGACUGGUGCCGGACCUGACGGUGGUGCCAGCGGGUGCGGGCGCCGUCGCCGCCAGCCACCUCGCCGCCGGCAAUCGCACGGCAGCAGCAGCAGCAGCAGCGGCGGCGGCGGCGGCGGCGGCGUCAGCGCAAGCCAACCCUGCGCUGGCGUCAGUGCCGGUUGCCGACUUGGCGCCGCACCUGCCCACACCGUCAGGGCAGUACAAGCCCGUCGGCUUGCCGACUUCGGUGCCGCUGGCGCCGUUGACCAGCAGCCCCAAGCCGGCGCCCGGGCAGGCCGGCACCGUGCGCUUCCCACAGCCCGUCGCCGGCGCGCCCGGCACCAGCGGCCCCGCCUUCGCCAACCCGAUGCGCAGCGCGGCGCCGGUGUCACAGCUGUCGGCGCCGGCGCUGACGCUGAACGCCUCCGCGGCGGCGGCGCCCGUGCACGGCCCGGCGGGAUUGCAGCCGCUGGGCGUGCCCGGCGGCGCCGCCGCCGGCGGCGCCGCCAGCGGCGCCGCCACGGCGCGAAGCGGCGUGGCAGCGCUGCCGGCGGCGCUGACGGCGUCUGGGACGCUGCCGCCGCGGGGGCCGCAGCUGCCGCCGGUGGAGUACACGCCGCCGCGGACGCCGACCACGCCGUCCUCUCGGCCGCCGGCGAUGCUGGAGCCCAUUCCGGACGCGCCACGCCCGCGCUCGGCCGACGGCCCGCCGGCGCAGCUGGCGGCGGGGGCGCCUGGCGGCGGCGGCGGCGGCGGCCACCACCCCCACCACCUGCCGCCGGCGCCGUCAUCUGCCAGCUCCUCCAGAGGGCAAGGCCGGCCGACGCAGUCACAGCCGCCGACGCAGUCGCACCCGCCUUUGGAUUGGGUUAAGUUGCAUACGCCGGACCGCGGCUUGGCUGGACUGUGCAGCAUUGGCACGACGCCGUCGGCGAUUGCCGCUGCGGCGGCGGCGGGGCCGGUUACGGGACUUGCUGGCAUGCCGGCGCCAAUGGUUACGGCGUCGCCAGGUAGUGGUAGUGGUGGUGGUGGUGGUGGUGGUGGUGGUGCCGGUAGCGCAGGUGGAGGAGGCAGCGGGGGCGGUGGUGGGGCGGUAGGCGGCGGGACUGGGCGGACUCGGUCGCCGUCGCGCCUGGGGCCGGGGGCGGUGGGCAGCCAAGCUCAUUGAGUUGGCGGCGAUGAGUGAGGCAGCAGCUGCAAUUACUUGGACCACCUUAACCACAGUGUUUGUGUUGGUGGCAUGUACACGCGGACACAAUGCCGGGCGCAGGCGCCAGAGCAGUCAUUACGGUACAUCGGCUGCCUUUGCCGCGGCUGGGUUUAGCGGGUAGACCAGACUCGGGGAACUGAAAUAAAUAGGUAGGGUAAGUUUUCUGGAAGCUAAGUCGCUGAUCGGUGUGCACUCAUUCUUGAGUGGGA